CAAGGGCCUGAUUUGGCCCCCGGGCCUUGAGUUUGACACAUGUGGCUUACAGCAAGACAAUUCUUUUUGUCGGAUACGUUUUUUGAGAUGUAAUGUUCAAAUAUGCAUAUCAGUAUCUUAAUAAAAAUGUGUUAAUUUGCUAUCAUUUCCAAAACAUAAAUCUGAACAUUGGAUGAAGCCAGGUAAAAAAUUGUAAAUAUUUAUUUCAUUUAGUUGACAUAUCAGUCAAGGAUUUAUUUCUAAGAGGAAAUGGCAUAUCUGUUUUACUUAAUACAUUUAAGCUAUUGGAAAAAAAAAUACUUUUGCCAUGUUUUAGGAUAUACUAUUUCCAUAAGAAAACACUACUGGUUAGAGGUAAAACAUUUACUAGAUGUCACUAUGAAACUUCCCGAGUUAUUACCUACAUUAAGACCAUUUUUGUAUUAGAAUUUUUCAGAAAUAUAAUGUUAAAAUACCCAAAUGAAUCAUUAUCUAUGCUAAUUUUGGGUGAAAAUAGUAAAUAUAACUAAAAAAAUAUUUGUUGUUGCCGUUUCCAUAAUAAGCCUUCAUAGGGUCAGAUAUACUUAAGGGACAAAGCACUGAGCCCUGUUUUUGUACAGUUAUAAAACAGGGGCGUGUUCCAUUCCUUCCUAAUAAGGAUCAAGGGUUGUUGUGAGGGAUUCUGGACUUUAAAGACUUUAAUAAACACUGGUGGUCCCUCAGAUCUCAGCGGUGCCCUGGACAGAGAGGUCUAGACGUUUCUUUGAGUGGUGCACCUGGAAAAUGCAUUUUCGGUAAAGCCCAUGUGAGGUUUAAUCCCUGCAUUCAUCAUUGAGCGUAAAGAAGGAACUCAGACAGCGACAGUUGGAGGAAGGACCGCCGAGCUUCCCUCUCAUCAACUUCCAUCUGCCCAAAAGAUGUCAACCGCCACGGUAAACAGCGCAGGAAGUGGAACUAAACUCUACAAACACAAGCCCACGGCAGCAGCUCUGAAGGGAGCCAUCCAGCUUGGCAUCGGUUACGCUGUGGGAAACCUCAGCUCCAAACCAGACAGAGAUGUUCUCAUGCAGGACUUCUCCGUGGUGGAGAGCGCUUUUCUGCCCAGUGAGGGCAGCAACAUGACUCCAGCACAUCACUACCCAGAUUUCCGUCUGAAAACGUACGCACCACUGGCCUUUCGUUACUUCAGAGAGCUGUUCGGCAUCAAACCAGACGACUAUCUGUACUCCAUCUGCAACGAGCCUCUGAUCGAGCUGAGCAACCCCGGAGCCAGCAGCUCCUGGUUCUACCUCACCAGCGACGAUGAGUUCAUCAUUAAGACGGUGCAGCACAAAGAGGCAGAGUUCCUGCAGAAGCUGCUUCCUGGGUACUACAUGAAUCUGAAUCAGAACCCGAGGACGUUGCUGCCCAAGUUCUACGGCCUUUACUGCAUCCAGUGCGGCGGUGUCACCGUCCGAGUGGUGGUGAUGAACAACGUGUUGCCGCGCGCCAUUAAGAUGAACUACAAGUACGACCUGAAGGGGUCCUCGUACAAACGCAGAGCAUCACGCAAGGAGCGCGUCAAGUCCUCGCCCACAUUCAAAGACCUGGACUUCCAGGAGAUGCAUGAGGGCCUGCACUUUGACGCAGACACCUACAGCGCCCUGAUGAAGACCCUGCAGAGGGACUGUCGGGUCCUGGAGAGCUUUAAGAUCAUGGACUACAGUCUCCUGCUGGGGGUUCAUGUUUUGGACCGGAAGCUUCUGAGCAGAGGAAGUCGAUGUGACAGCAGGAAGGGACAGAAAGUCCUCUACUCCACCGCCCUGGAGUCCAUCCAGGGGAACACCAAGGCCUCCGAACCUGUGGCGGAUGACGACACAUUUGGUGGAAUUCCUGCCAAAAAUAAAGACGAGAACUUUCUCAUCUUUUUAGGAAUCAUCGACAUCCUUCAGUCCUACAGGUUCAUCAAGAAGGUGGAGCACUCCUGGAAAGCUCUUGUACAUGAUGGGGACACGGUGUCGGUUCACAGGCCCAGUUUCUACGCGGACAGAUUUCUGAAGUUCAUGGGAACGACUGUAUUUAAAAAGAUUCACCCUUUGAGAGGAACAUCUUCAAAGAGGAAGAGGACUUCCAUGAAUGCAGCAAAGUCUGCCUCUCAGGAGUUUCUGUCCCCACACAGGGAGGAGAAGAAGGAGGAGAAGAAGGCCCAAAGUUUGGACAACCUGGAUGGAAACUUUUACAGUUCCUCCAAGCAGCCGGAUCUCCUUCCGAGAGUUUCUUUCAAGGCAAAUGAUGAAGAGGAAAUUGUUAACAGCAGUGAAGAGCGCCGAGCCUCCAGUUCGACCAUCGCUCUGGACGAUCCUCUGCCAUCUCUCAGCAGGAGUCAGUCAGACUCUGAUCUGGACGUCUACUUGUGAGGAUCAACCUGGACUUCUGAAUGUUGACCUCCCAGUCCUACGAUGUCACAUCAGGACCUCACAACAGUGUAAAUGUGUCACCAACUCUGUGCCUUUCCUUUUUUAGUCAAAGUUGAUGUGCCUAAUCGCUGGCUCUUUUGUAGGCAUCCCCUACUUUACAGAUACAGUCACUGAUCCACUGUGUCACUGCUAAACACUAUGAAGCUGUUUCUUCUCCUGUUAUUUGCACUCUGCUGCUAAUUUUACAACAGUGCUAACAAGAAAAUUGACUUUGACUUCUACUUUUGGACGUCUGAAUUUCUGUGCAAAUCUUUGAAUAUUCUCAGCGGCUGGAUCCCUGAGGAAAUAGAUUUUCUUAAAAAUUAAAUGCAGGGAAAAUAAUUGUUAUUUUCAAAUUAUAUUAUUAUAAAGAGCUGUCUUGUCUAGAAUCUGAAAGAAAAAGUAAUCUAUUGAUACAUUCAAAUGUGUGUUAUAGUGUUUAUACCCUUAUAAACAUCAUGUAUAUGUGAUUUUAAAAUCCCAAUUUGCUUAGGUCAAUAUUAGCCUAUAUACUUAUUAAUAUAUUCUAUAUGUUGUGUGUAUUCUUUUCUUCAAUAUGCAGAAUCUGCUGCCACGUUGACAAACAAGUAUUUGCUUAUUUUGUGGUUAGAACAAGAUGUUUUAAUUUAAUAUUUUAUUACUAGCUUUACCUUUCCCUGUGUCUUUUAUUCUCUGGAGAAUGUGUUCAUCUCCACUGGGAUUUAUUCCAUCCUGGAAGUAAAUAAGUAGCCUACUUUGUUAUUUGUUUUGUCAUCUUUUUGCUUUUAAAAGAGUGCUUUUAUGUAAUUUAUAGGACUACAACUGUAUUGUAGCAAUACUUCCAACUUGUGUUUGUGAAAUAAAUCCAAUGUCCUAAAAAA